GGCUGCGGCUCGGUUCAUUUAUUCCUGCAGAUCAGUCAAGGGAUUCUAGUCUACUACAGUCUUUGACUUUCUACUGACCUGGAAGUUUCACAAUACUGUGCUGUCAUGAAAAGGAAACUAUAAAAUGUCAUGUUUUUAGCCCGUUUCUUGGUAAAGAUGGCAGCCAACAAUGCAGUGCUGAACAGACUGGAGCAGAAGGGUGCAGAGGCCGAUCAAGUUAUUGAAUACCUCAAGCAACAAAUUGCUCUGCUCAAGGAGAAAGCUAUCUUGCAGGCAUCUCUCCGAGAAGAGAAGAAGCUCCGUGUGGAAAAUGCUAAACUGAAGAAAGAAAUUGAAGGGCUGAAACAGGAGCUGAUUCAGGCAGAAAUUCGAAAUGGAGUAAAACAGAUCACAGUUCCUGGUACAGCCGUUUCUACGGCUUCAUUUUCAGAUGAUGUUCCACAAACUACAGCAGUCACAUCAUCUACUGGUUCCAAAGAUGAAGUUAAAGGUGAAGAUGAAGAAAAGAAAAAGAAGGAAAAAGUAGAAAAAAAAGGUGACAAGAAGGAGAAGAAACAGCAGCCAGCUGCUGGAAGUAGUGAUGCGAAACCUGUAGAUGUUUCUCGACUGGAUCUUCGUGUUGGCUGCAUUGUCACUGCCAAAAAGCAUCCAGAUGCAGACACUCUGUAUGUUGAAGAAGUUGAUGUUGGUGAAGCAAGCCCAAGGACUGUUGUCAGUGGUUUAGUGAAACAUGUUCCUCUGGAUCAGAUGCAGAAUCGAAUGGCAAUACUACUCUGUAACUUGAAGCCUGCAAAGAUGAGAGGAGUAGUAUCUCAGGCAAUGGUGAUGUGUGCCAGCUCCCCAGAAAAAGUAGAAAUUCUGGCUCCCCCACCUGGGGCAGUACCUGGAGAUAGAAUCACUUUUGAUGGUUUUCCUGGAGAUCCUGAGAAGGAACUUAAUCCCAAGAAGAAGAUUUGGGAGCAAAUCCAACCUGAUCUUCAUACCAAUGACCAGUGUGUUGCUACAUACAAAGGAGUUCCAUUUGAAGUGAAAGGAAAAGGAGUCUGCAGGGCAGAGACCAUGGCAAACAGUGGAAUUAAAUAAAUAAAUGGUUGUUAAAAACUUUUUUAGAUGCUGAGAUGGAAAGUAAUGCAAGCACAAUAAAAAACAUGAAAUGCA